UACUGAAAUCUUCUCAUUCUUCUUUCUUCUCGCUCUCGUUCCUUUCUACUUCCAUCCCCAGUGCUCCCGUAUUUCAUCUCUAUCACCGACUUUGGUCCGUUGCCCUUAACCUUCAAACCAAUCGACAAUCAUACGCAUAAGUCGUUCAACCAUCAUGUUUUCGUCCAUUCUUCAGGUUCUCCUACUUAUGGCUGCUCUGCCUUUUACUCUUGGAGAAUACUAUCGACUGGGAGGGGCUUGUGCACCGUCCUGUGAGGUUGUCUACAAGGAGGCCGAUAUGUGUAAACUCAACAAAAACCCCGUGCUCUCCUUUGGUCCCCUCGGCUUCAACUCGUCCUGCCUCUGCGAACCCGAUACCUUCCGCGAGAAUGCUCCUGCCUGCAUUGACUGCCUUUUCCGGGGUGACAUCGAAGAAGGUUCACGGGAUUCCCUUCUUCGUGGGAUGGAUGGCUGCACGAAGAGUCUUGAGCUCCCGGCUUGUCCUAAUUCAUGCCAGAACGUUACUGCAUUGAUGGCUUCUUGUGGCCAGGAGGAUGCUGCGAGCUCGGCCGCUGCUGUUGAAGCUACGAUGGUUCCUACUGAGGGUGCGAUGGCUCCUACAGGUGGAGAUCCUUUGGCCAACCCUGAUGCUACGGCUACUGAUGCUCCUACGCCUGUUGCUACCGAGGGUUCCGCUGCUGGGAAGCGGAAGAAGGUCAAGGAGGACUUCACUAAGAAAUGCGUCUGCAAGCCGGAAAAUCAGGAAGUGGUCCAAACGUGCUACGACUGCCUCAAGAAUUAUGAUGUCAACGUGGCCGAGCAAGUGAUCCUCCCAGUACGCCGAUGUGACCCCAACUACGGUAUCCAAGGACCUCUCUACCGUUACUCGAGUUUGCCGGGUGACGACGACGACGAUUCACUUGGUGGCGUCAAAGGGGUAAGCCCGACUCAGUCUGAUGCCAACCGCGCUCCGAUUAUACCUACUAAAGUACGAAUUCCUCGGCCGGGAAAACAGAGGAAGAACCGCAAGCUCAAGAAUUUCGCACCAAGUGGAGUCUCCGGGGUCUUUACUCUUAUUUGGUGGAUCGGUAUUCAGAUCCUUUGUGUGUUGGGCGCUAUCGUGUACUUUAUUAUUUGAAGGUGUGUUUCUUCCCACUCUUCUCGAUUUGACUGUAACUGAU